AUGGCGAGCUCAAAGAAAACUCCAGACAUUAGGGCUAGAAAACGGACGGCACAAAAUGAAACAUCUGUGUCAACCAGCUCAACCACCAGUCUAUCAGACCGAAGAAACUUGCAGCCAAGGGGUCUUCCUCCGAAGGUUGCAUUUUUGGCAUUUUUGCUUGUUAGGAUUUUUGCAGCACUAUAUGCAAAUAUUGGGGAUUGUGAUGAGGUCUAUAAUUAUUGGGAGCCCGCACAUUAUCUACAAUAUGGCUACGGCAUGCAAACAUGGGAGUAUUCUCCUGAAUAUUCCAUUCGAAGUUGGGCCUAUAUCGCUCCUCACGCCUAUCUCGGAAUGCUAAUAAGCUUUUUGAUCAGAACUGAUGAUAAGAUCAAAGUGUUUUAUGGGAUCCGUGUCAUCUUUGCAGUAUUUUCUGCAUUUUGCGAAGCUAAAUUCUAUCGUGCUGUUCUUGAUCAACUAGGAAAUCGUGUAGGACGUUACAUAUUUGUAAUGUUACUUUCAGCUGCAGGCAUGUGGAAUGCAUCAACUGAAUUUCUUCCAUCUACUUUUUCAAUGUACACUACAAUGUUGGCAUUUACGUUUGCGCUCGGUCCUGUUUCAUCUAAGAAUACAAAACGUCCAUAUAAAGCUAUUGGAUUAUUUGGUCUUGGUGCACUUUUGGCCUGGCCAUUUAGUGCAGCUGUUGGCAUUCCAUUGGUAUUUGAGGAAUUAUUCGUCCGUGGUACAGAAACAAACAAAACCCUUGCUAAAAAUAUUAAUUGGCGAAUUCAAAGAAUAAAACGAGUGGCUGGUGCUACUAUAAAUGCAUUCUUUAUCAUAAUUCCAAUCGUUUCGAUUGAUUAUAUAUUUUACAAAAAAAUUACCAUUGUGCCAUUAAACAUUAUAUUAUAUAAUGUUUUUGGUGGUGAAGGUCGUGGCCCAAAUUUAUAUGGUACAGAGCCGUGGUCAUAUUACUUUGUCAAUGGUCUAUUGAACUUCAAUAUUCUUUUUGUAUUAGCUUUACUAAGUGUACCUGCUCUGGCAUUAACCUUUUUUGUUGACAAUGGGCGCAUAGCGUCCGCUUCCCCUACUGAUAAGAAUUACCCUUACAUAAUUGUCCUUUUACGAUUGAUUCCGUUCUAUCUUUGGUUUUUUAUUUUUAUUGCCCAACCACAUAAGGAAGAACGAUUUCUUUCUGUUGUUUAUCCUUUAAUUUGUUUGAAUGCCGCUGUAUGUCUUUUUCUUGCUAGAGGUAUUUUUCUCAAAGUUGAAAAAAAUAUUAAUCAAAUCUCUUUACCUCAGAAUCGACGGAAACAAUUAUUGACCAGUCUUACCUCAUUUAUUUUACUUUCAUCUGUUGUCAUUUCAGUAUCACGUGUUAUGGCACUUUAUUCAAAUUAUCACGCGCCAAUUUUGAUAUAUAAGCAUUUGUACCAAGUAGAAAUUCCAACUCGAAAUCUUUCAAGCCUUAAUUCAGAUAAAAAGAUUAAUUUAUGCCUUGGAAAAGAAUGGCAUAGAUUUCCAAGUCAUUAUUUUUUGCCUCAUGGAGUAAGAUUGAGAUUUGUGCAAUCAGACUUUAGAGGGUUAUUGCCAAAGUAUUUUUUGGAAAAGGAAGAUAUUGUAAAUGAAGAGAGUUUAGCACAAAAUUCCCGAGUGCCAAUUGGAGCCUGGAAGUUGCCAGAUGGGUUUAACGAUCGAAAUCAAGAAAAUUCUGAGCAUUACGAUAAAAAUAUCGACAGAUGCGAUUAUCUUAUAGAUCUUGAUUUUCAAUCAUCUGAAUCGACCCCUCGUGAAUCUCGUUAUAUUAAAAAUACUGAAGAAUGGUCAAAAGUUACUUGCAUACCAUUUUUAGAUGCUAAUAAUUCUAAAAAAUAUGCACGUGCUUUCUACUUACCAAUGUGGUUCUGGGAAAAAUGGACAAAGUAUUCAACACACCAAUUACCAUUGCAAUGGGGAGAUUAUUGUCUUCUGAAGAAACAACCGCCUAAGGCUAAAUUACCAGAAUAUAAAGAACCUGAAUCUUUUGAAGAGCCUAGUUCAAGUGGUUUCUUUAAAAACAUUUGGCCAUACUUAUAG